UUGUGUCAAUUUUAACCCCAAAAUAAUAAAUAUACAUUGCGGCGAUUGCGGCAUUCUCUUUUUUUGUGAUUUAGCAUUGUUUAUCAUUAAAAAAGUGUUUUUAAGGAUAAAUUUACCAUAUUUUUAUUGUUAAGAACAGUGUUUUGAAUAAUCAAAGAUUAUUUGUUAGAAACAUCACAAUGUUUUCUUUGAAAAUAAAUUCCUUGUCAAUUCGACUUAACAAUGUCGUGAGAACUUGUGGAAACAAGAAACAAUAUAUUUUACAAUCACAACAUAUAAAAACCUUGACAAAUGCAAAAGAAAGUGAUAAUAAAACAGUGAAACGUGUUCCAUUUGUAAAUAUAACCCCACUUUUGCAUGUAAAAGAUUUUCGAACAUUUUGCACUGAAGUCAUACCGAAGGAUCCUGAUAUUUUCGGCGAUAUUGGCGAAAGAAAAUACGAUCUUGUCGAACUGGAUGAGAAGGAGAAGAAAGUUGAAGAAUUUGAAGAAAAUGAAGCAAAACCUUUGGCAAAAUAUAGACAUUAUCCUAGUGAAUAUGCAAAAAUGUUAAAACAACACAUUCAAAAUGGUGAUUUGGCAUCGGCUGAAAAUGUAUUUUUACUUGCACAAAAAAAUCGUGAUAAACCGACACUUUACAUGUAUUCUCUUCUUAUGAGAGCAUUUGCUGUUCAAGGUAAUGUUAAAAAGUGUUUUAAAUUAUAUAAUAAACUUAAGAACCAAUCACUGAAACCAAAUGAAGCUAUAGUUACGAGUUUAAUUAAUGCUUGCUCUAAUUCUACGGAAUCAAGAAGUUUGGAAAUUUUACAUGAUUUCAGAAGUUACUUGUUUAAUGUGAAUUUUCCCUUGAAUCAAACGCAUUAUAAUGCAUUAAUAAAAGCAUAUUCGCGUCAUGGUCAAGUGGAGGAGACAUUUCAAUUAUUGGACGAAAUGCGUGACAAAAAAUUACCAAUUGAUCAUGUGACUAUCAAUAAUUUACUUCAUGGUGCUGGUUCCCAGAAGGAAAUUGGAUUAAAAUAUGCACUUGUCGUUUGGCAUUUAAUGAAAUUUCAUAAUGUGACGCCAUCAAUUGUUACCUAUAAUCUUCUAUUUCGAGCAAUUCGCGACACUGAAUUGGGAAAUUUAAAGGUUAAUGAUAUUUUAAUAGCUGAAUCGGAGAAGAGUAAAAUUAUUCUAACUGAGAGUGGAAGGCCUGAUUUAUUGGCAACACCACCUGUUGUUCGUAUUUUGCCAGAAGUUGAAAUGGAUCCAAAAAAUAGGCGACGAUUUUCGAGGAAACGUAAUGUGGGAAAAAAUGAAGACGACCAAUCAGGGGAAAAUAAUGUUGAUUUAAAUAAGAUUAUUAAAAAUAAUCGAUUGAUGCUCUUCGGAGGUUUUGAUGGUCUUUUGAAACGAAUGGAAAGUGACGGUGUUGUUCCAAAUCGAAAAACAUUUACACUUUGUUUGGAAUCUAUUGCGAAUACGAAAGAGGCUGAGACACACUUGAUGCGAAUGGCACGCAUUAACAAAGUUAAAUUGGACACUGGAUUUUUUAAUGUUCUAAUUAAACGAAGAUGUUUUAGAUACGAUUACGAUGAUGCCAAGGCAGUACUUGGUGAAAUGGAGCAAAAUGGUUGCGAGCCAGACAUCAUUACCUGGGGAGUAAUUGCUCUCUCCUGUCAAAAUAAAGAAGAUGGACUAUCAUUAUUGAAUUGCAUCAGAAAUCUUGGCAUUGCACCGAAUUAUUUCAUUUACGGUACUUUAUUACGUACCGCGUGUAAUCGACUGAAUCUGGAUUAUGCCGUUGAAUUACUGGAAAUGAUGAUGAAACAAAAGCUGAAGCCGAGUGAAUAUAUUUAUGAUAUUUUAGACAAAUUUAAAAGAUUAGCAGCUGAGGCAAUAGAGGACGAGAAACCAACAAUAAAGGACAUGGACAGGUUCAAAAUUGAUUUCACAAAAUUUAAAUUGCGGUGUAGCAAAUUACAAAAAAUGUUCAGAUAUGACAAGAGGGGAGUCUACGAAUCCACGGGAGAUGAUUAAUUUAUCCUCACUAAUUAGCCAUUACUGUUAAGAAAAAAAAAGAGAAAACAUCCUCCCAAGGGUGCAAAUGAGCGAGUUUAAUUUGAAUUUAAUUAAAUAAAUUAUCGAAGAUAAGGUCGUGGCUCAGGAACCCAGGGCCGACCACGUGAUCCGGACAUGACACCACGUUGAGAGCCGGUGCCGCGAAUACUGAGUUUAUUGUAA